UGACUCGAUAUUUGGUGGCUGUGGUGUUGCACCGGCUUCCCUCGUCCUUUACUGUGCGAGACAUUUGUUGUUAUCGAUAAAUUACAUGUUUUCUGUGACACUGGAAUCAGCAGCACAUACUGGACAGUCUUUACGCAAGGUUGCUUUGCGAAGAAACGCGGGUAUGCGCUUUCUGGGUUAACUUCAGUGACGGUCGUGAGCUUCCAUCAUAGGCCCUAUCUCUGAUUAUUGGGACUAGUUCCUCUUAGCACAAUGGUCCGGUGAAAUACAGUUUCGGCUCACGGAUGGUUUUUCAACGAUAAGGUCUAGCCUGAAUUUUGGAAUAUGAAGAUUUGGAGCACUGAACAUGUUUUCAGGUUGGUCACAUCGGGGUUUAUUCAUGAAGCAGAAUGAGCUGGUGUGUUAUUGCGGGGUUAAGGGCGAUGGGACCUUCAGCCUCGUUAACUGAGUUUCAGUGCAUCUGAAUUUAAUUUAACUCAGCAGCUCCUGGCAUUCCAACUCAGGUACCCAUGGGAGACAGUGAUCAAGGCUGCCAUGAGGAAGUACCCAAACCCCAUGAACCCAAACGUGGUGGGGGUGGAUGUGCUGGACCGUAGUCUCGAUGAAGAGGGACGCCUGCACAGCCACAGACUCCUCAGCACAGAGUGGGGCCUCCCGGCCAUCGUGCGAGCGAUACUGGGAACCAGCCAGACGCAGACAUAUGUGAAGGAACACUCUAUAGUGGACCCAGAGGAGAAAAAGAUGGAGCUGUGCUCAACAAAUAUUACUCUCACCAACCUGAUCUCAGUGGAUGAGAGGCUUCUUUACAGGCCACACCCAGACAACCCUGACGUCACUGUCCUGACCCAGGAGGCCAUCAUCACAGUCAAGGGAGUGAGCCUGAGCAGUUACCUGGAGGGGAUGAUGGCCAGGAGAAUGUCAGCUAACGCCAGGAAGGACUGCAGUUCCAUGGUGACGACUACUUUUCCAGGCUACACCUCACAAACCACUGGGGAUUCUGAGCAUCUCAGGAUCGCCAGCAGUUGGUGUCAAUACCAUCUGGGAGGUUUUGUUGGGUUUUCACCCCACACAGCCCCUCUCACCUCUGGAGUACAUGCACAGGAAGCUCAGACAGGCAGUGAAGUGCUGCCAAAGCUCGAUGGUUAUCACAGAGUGUUCAAGAUGGAUUUAAGAGUGGGUCCAUGUCUGCUGAAUGUGGUUCAUUGCUAAGUCAGUACUCAAUAACCCAUUAACAACAAUUUUAAUCAAGGCAAGUGAGGAUAACAGGACAGUUUCCUUACAUAUGUUAGACAAGUUCUGCUGCAGAGUAAACAAAUGGUUUAACUUAAUUCAAAGGUGCUGCUGCCACAGGGUCGUAUCCAUAUCAUGAACCCAUCUGACCUCACUGAUUUGAAUAUAAUACGACUAUUCCACAUUUCCUUUGCUCUCAUGUCGCAUCUCAGCAGAAGAGAAAGGAUGCAGGAGGUACAUGCGCACACUUUUUAGAAAACAAUGUAUGGUACAACGACAAUAUGCAACAAACUUUGUAACUUUUGUUUGAACUGAUGUAUGUCUUCGGUAAUGUCAAGCACUGGUGACUCCUAAGGCAGGAGUUCUGCCUUAGGAGGCUCAAAUUGUAGUGGGGGGGGCACGGGCAUUAUUAAGAUGUAGAACAUAAGCUAGCUAGCUAUGUAGCUAGCUAUAAAAUUGCUAGUUCAGCUUAGAUAGAAAUUCAGAGUAAUUAUAUUGAUGGGGAUGUGACAAUAACAUUGCCUUCUUGUUAAGCUGUCUCAGCAACAAUACACAGACACCUUUCUGAAUUAGAAUUAAUGGAUAGUAUUGUCUUAAACCAGCAGUUGUGGAGCUGCUGGUGAGGAAGGUGAGGAUGACGUAUUCACUUUUGGGAUCAGUGUAAUAAAAAAAAAAAUUGACAGUCUUUGUGGGCAGAAUCGCCCAUCUGUCAGGACUGAACGUGGUGCCUGUGUGUUAUAGCUUUGGCAGCCAUAACAUUCAUGCCUUUGCCAGUCUUACACAUGAUGCUUCCCAAAUGUUGACCUACUACACAGAAGCUACCUACACACCCUGAACAGCAGGGUAGUACUGAAUGUGCAAUGCUGCAGUGGGAGGUACACACAAUUACAGUGACUCAUACGCUAAAUCAUAUUUCAUAUUUUGAAAAAUGUUUACAGAUUAUUUGUAUAAAUAUUAUUUAUUUAAAACAUGGUGUAAACCAGCAGUGAAUUAUUAGAAUUAUUAUUAAUUGUAAUAUUGUUAAUUAUUGUUUAUAUUGUUUGGUCGCCAUGAAAACAAUAAGUUGCAUUUGCUUCGUUAAUUUUAACCUCAAAUGUUGUCCUGCUGCAAAACAAAUUAAAGCAAACAUUUGAGAAAAUGACAUUGUUGAAACAAUAUUUGUUGUUGAUAAAACUGAGCUCAUUGUUUCAUAUCCUCUGUGUCAUUAUGCAGCUGGCAUGCCUAAUUAAGACUAAUUCCCUGGGGUUCCUCUCACUUAUCUUAAGGUAGUCAGUGCCUCCCUUACAAUUGUAUGAGUUGGGUGAUUUGCUUUCCUUUUAUCAACAUUUUGUUUUGUUUUUAAUUAGAGAUCCUCAGCUUGUUGUUUCAUCGUUGAAGCACUGUUUCAGUUCACUCUGCUCCAGUAAGAAACACUCAGGUCGGAACAACAGUAAGAAAAACAUUUGUUCAGUUUGUUGUUAGGAUGUCCUGAUGGUGGUGCAAAAUACCAACAGUACCCAAACUCAUUUAUUUUUCCGUAGCAUCACCUUGCAGUUCACCGCUUGUCCAGUAGAGGGCAUUAGUUUACCGUUAGCAGCAGGUAAACCUAAAGUCUAGGAAGAAAAUGUUUAACCACUGUUCUACAUGAUGCUUUAGUGUGCCAAGAAAAGUCACAUUAAAGGUGAGGACUACAAAUAAAUGAAUAGAGAGAAGAUGCAGAGGUUAUUCUCUUUUAUUAAUUCAACUGAUCAUGAACAGAACACAUUGCAUAGCAUGUACAUCAGUCUUCACUGUCUGAGCAGUGAUAGCGGAAAGUCUGUGUCAAAUUACACCUUUAUUCCAAAACUUCCACCCCUUCAAACCCAAUACUGCAAGCUGAGCCACUUGCCAGAAUCUCAGCAAAUAAAUAACUAAACUCAAUCAGCUGGGUGUUUAAAAA